AACGUCAUUUGUAAGUGCCAAAUGUCUAGUAAACCAUUUCAAUAAUCUCUAUAAAAUUGAUAAGAUUAUGCCUCCUACCUAUAUCGGAUUGUAGAUUUGUAGCUCUCACAAACUGUUACAAUUUUAACUUCUACUAAAUACAAGCAAUAAUCAUGUCAUCGACACACAUCUUUAAUGUGGAAAUGACCUGUGAGGGCUGUUCUGGAGCUGUGGAAAGAGUUCUUAACAGGCUAAAAGGGCAGGGAGUCGAGAAUGUGUCUAUAAGUCUACCGGAACAGAAAGUAUCAGUGACAUCAACACUCAGCGCUGACCAUCUCUUGGAUGUGAUCAAGAAAACAGGAAAGAAAACUACUUAUGUAGGGAAGGAAUAAUACUUUUGUCAGUUGCAUAGCAUACCAGUGAUAUGGCAAUCAGGUUUGAUGACAUCAUUUUUCAUUGAUUUACAAUUCAUCUAAUUGUAUUUGUGAUAUGCACUCAUUCUACAACAAGAACCCUGACUGACCACACUGGCCAGAAGGAUGGGGUUUUCUGGGAAUAAAUCAUAUAAGUACAUCAUUUAAAAGGCAACUAGAUGUUUAUGUCAUUCUC